UAAUACAUGGGUGUUGUACUAGUAUGUUCUUAUUAGUUAUUUUGCUGUUUUUGAUUGAUUAUACGUACAAGCAUGUGAUGUGAGGGCUAAGGGAAGGUACCAACUUGAUUUGAGAAAAAACAAAAGAGAAGUCAGCUACAUUAGGGCAUUAUAAAUUACUAAUUAGUGUAUUAUUCAGUCUGAUACAUAUAUAUUGCAUUUUAUUCCUUGUAUUGCUUAUUAAUUUUUCCUCUAAAUUUUGUGCCUGGUUUUAGCCACUUAUUUAUUUCUAAUUAAUUACUAAAUUAUUGCUCAAUAUCCUUAUUUACUUUGCAGAAGGACUUCAGAUUCGAGGGUGGUAGAGUCUCCAACAAAAGAAGAUGGCUUCGCAUGGAGGAAAUAUGGACAAAAGGAAAUUAUGAAUUCCAACUAUCCAAGAUGCUAUUUCAAAUGUACCCACAAGUACGAAGGCUGCAAAGCCUUAAAACAAGUACAAAUGAUCAAAGACAAUCCCAUCACGUAUCAAACCACAUACUUCAACCGUCAUACUUGCAAAGAGCAAUUGAAUCAACAUCAUGUCAUGGUCGAUUCGGACCCAACAGAUCCUAAUCUAAUUAGCUUUGGGUCGAACGAUAUCCAACCAAAACAAGAUCACCAUCAUUCCCCAAUUUCCACGAUUAUUUCUCAAGUCGAACAAGAAAAUAUAAAAGAUCGUCAUGCCAAAAGUGAUGAUGAUCAAGAUCUGAGCUCCGAUGAAGCCAAAUCGACACUGCAAGAUCCAUGGCAAGAUAUUAAUGACGGGCUCGAGUCCUUGGGAUACAAGCCCGAAUGUGACUUUGGUAGCCUGCAUAGGCUUGAUGAGGAGUUUAAUGAGUUUGAUGAUAUAGAUUAUUCAUGGUAUUGAUUGAAUAUGUAUAUACAUAUAUAUCAAGAUAUUUGGUACUAUAUGUUAUAGUAAUUGUGUAAUAGAAAUCACACCAUUAUGAAACUUAUUCCAUAAGUAUUUUUCAUUGGAGUAUACUUCAUCACUUCAUUGUAAAUUGAUAUACAUCUCUUCCUAUAUAUGUAUAAAUGCAUAUAUAGUUUCACGAA